UGAGCAGUAGCUGAGAGAUGGCUGGGAGACACUGGCUGGUCCUGCUGCUGAGUCUGGGGGGAGUCCUGCAAGACAUGGCAACCCAAGGUCAGCAUGAUACAGGAGAUUCUUGGAGCCAAGGAAGCUUGGACGUAAGGCUAGAGAUAACAUUCACCACAACUCGAAGUUCCGGCCUACUCUUUCUUGCCAGUGGAGAGAAUCAAUACUUGAUUGUGGAACUUGUCAAUGGAACGUUGAGGGCCAGAUUGGAGGUGGGUUCUGGAGAGUCCAUACUAAAUUCCAACAGGAACCUGACACUUCACAACUCAGAAGAACACAAACUGGAGCUAGUGGUUGAGAAGUCCAAAAUGGUGCUAAUUGUGGAUAACCUCAGUAUCUCCAUUGACCUCCCAUCACAUUCCAAAGCGCUAAAUUGGAAACAUGGACUAUAUCUCGGUGGUGGUGGAAAUACUGAUCUUCCUAACAUACAAGGGAACCUCCCCACAUUCCAUGGUUGCAUUCUGGAGGCCAAGUUUAACAGAAUAAACUUACUUUCUAGCUCACAUCCCCUUGUACAGCGGCACGGGCAGUGGGAGGACUGUCAAUUGAACCCAGCACCCACAUUUGUUGGAUCAUUGGGAUUCCUUGGGCCACGUUCCUACUUGAUUUUCCCGAGAUGGGAUUUUAAAGGUUCUCUACAGUUGACAAUGGUGACCUCUAGAGCUGGUCGUGCACCAUUACUCUACCAAUCAGGACCACGAUCAUCUUACAUUUACGUAGAGAUUGUUGGGGGAUACUUGCAAGUGACUAUACAACAAGGAGAAAAUGUUGCUCAAAUACAAAACCCAGUGUAUAUCAGUGAUGGUCACCUUCACAGGAUUCAGAUCCUUUUGGACAGUUCAGAGGUCAAACUGGGAGUAGAUAAGGCUUUUUCAGAGUUACCCAUCAGUGAUCUGGGAACUGACUUUGAUUUCCAUGGGAACCUCUACUUGGGAGGUGUGGAUGAAACCAUUCUUGCCAAAAUGCGAGAAGGACUUGUGGAUGAUUCAUAUGUGGAUGAUAUGGAAUAUAGAUCCUUUAUUGGAUGCUUCAAAGAUUUUAUGGUGAACUCAGUGAAGAGAGGGCUGCGUGAUGCUGUUGUGAUCAAAGACGUCACAGAUGGCUGUCAGGACUAUGAAUAUUAUGACUAUAAUGAAUAUGAUGACACCACUACUCCCGUCCUAAGUACUACUAUCAUUCCACAGAAUACCACAAUGUUCUUAGAAACCCCCAGCAUUACCAGUUCACAUGAUAAAUGUAAACCAGACCCCAGUUUUCCCAACCUGACCUCAUUAGUAAAUCCUCAACCUCUGCCUGUCACAAAAGGUGGUUCUAGUAUCUUGCUUUGGCAACACAUUAAUCCCACGGUAGAUUUAGGAAAAUUUGGCAUACGUCCCUCUCAAGUUAUUUUAAGCCUGGUAGGCAGUGCUCAGCAUGGACACCUGGAACUUGAGAUGCCCGGUGCUGAGACCAGAAAAAAGUUCACACUGCUAGAUGUGAGCAAUCAUAAAGUGCGCUAUGUUCACGAUGGAUCUCAUUCCUAUGAAGACAAGAUAAAUUUAGAGGUUUCUGUAACCAGUGGUUUAAAGCUUCCGGAAUGUUUAUCAAAGAUGCAGCGUCACAUUCUUCCUAUCAAUGUUCUCCAUGCAGUAGCCAUGCCAAACUUGCAGUUUCCUAAAGUAAAGAAAUUGGGGGUGUUGUCACAUGGUGUAGUGACGCUAACAACCAAAUUAAUUGAAAUCACAGACUCUGAGUCCCUGUGUGAACAGUUAACCAUCUUUGUUUCUCUAGACACUAGAGAAGGUCAAGUGGAACUUAAACAUAGGCCUGGAGAGGCUAUUCACCAGUUCCCCUGCACGGACUUGAAAAAUGGCCAAGUAGUGUUCAUUCAUAAAUCUGGAAACCAUGCACAGCUUACCAUUGAGGCUAGUGACAAAAUCUCAAAAAGCUACUCAGCCAAUCUUACCUUUUAUGCUCUUGAACCUCAAAAUACUAAAAUAAGAGAUGCAGAACUUAUUGUCAUCCCUGGGGCAUCAGCACUUAUCACCCCUUCAAACGUCCCUACAUUUACCAGUGCCGACAAUCUAGGGGAUGAAAUUAUGUAUCAACUAACAAAGUAUCCCAAAUUGGGAGAGAUACAGAGAUUAACUGAUGGAAGGCAAUGGAAGACAAGUCAAGUGUUCCGACAAAGUGAUUUGGAAAGCAAUAGAGUGAGGUACUUCAGCAAAGUUGCAGAUUUUCAUGGAGAAGAUUUGAGUGAAGAUGUCACUAUGGAAAUAAAACUAUGGUCACAAGUUGUGAGUAACAAAACAUUACAAGUAAGAAUGAAAAAGCCAAGUAUACAAAUAAUGAGAAUGAUCCCCCUAAGAAUAGGAAGAAGACGAGAGAUACGCCUCACUAACAUGGAACUGCAAGUAGACAGUAUGGCAAUGGAUCUAAACUCUUUACCAGUCACCUACACAAUACUCCAGUCUCCAAGGAAGGGUAAUUUGCAACUUAUGGGUCAAAGACUUACAGAAGGUUCCCAUUUUACACAACGGGAUUUGGAAAAUGGACAUAUAACCUAUGCCGCUACAGUGAGGAAUACUAUUGAAAUGGAAGAUCAGUUUCAGUUCCAGGUGAUGUUAGGAGCCCAGAUAAGUCCCGUGAAUACUUACAAAAUCCAUAUUGAUGUGGACCCAGAUGCUCCUCUACUUACUAACCAGCUCUUACAUGUCCUAGAGGGUGGAGAAGUAGCCAUUACACCAGAACAUCUAUUCCUAAAGAGUGGUAAUAGUGCAAACUUUAUUUAUGAGGUAAUUGAUGGCCCUCAAUAUGGAAAGUUGAUAAGGAAAGGACACCAGGUGGAAGUGGGGAUAGAGGAAUUCACCAAUGAUGAUAUUAUCACAGGAAAACUUUUUUAUGAACAUGAUGGAUCAGAAACUAUUGAGGAUGAUAUACCAUUUGUGGCUUCCAGGCAGCAAGAGGGCAGUGCCACUGACACCAGUGGUGAAGAAGAGGAAGAUGAUGAAGAAGAAGAGGUAGUAAGAGGAGUUUUUCGUGUAUCUAUCCAACUGGUAAAUGAUAAUCCUCCUGUCCAAGUAGUGCAGAAGACCUUUCAUGUAGUUCGAGAUGGACAGAGACUUUUAACUACAAAUGAUAUUGCAUUUUUGGACCCAGAUGUGGGGACAACAGAUGCUCAGUUAGUGCUUGUUAGGUAUGGGGUACCAUUUGGCAGAAUUGUCUUUGUGGAUGACCCAUCACUUCUAGUUUUUCGUUUCACACAAGAGGACCUUAGGAUGCACAGAAUCCUCUAUGUCCAUAAUGGCCCUGACCAGGGUUCUAUCCAGUUACAAGUAUCUGAUGGGUUAUACCAUCUAACCACAGUUCUUGAAGUGCAAGCGUCUGACCCAUUUAUCCAUAUAGCUAAUGUCACACUUCUUAAUGUUCCAUCAGGAGGACAAGGAACUUUGUCACCUACAAGUUUCACACUAGAGACUAAUUUGGAUAUACGUAACUCUGAUGAAAUCAGGUAUCAUAUCAUGCCUCAGCCCAGAUGGGGGCACAUAUUUAAAGGAGGAAAACCGGCAGAUUCAUUUUCACAACUUGACCUAACAAGCGGACUAGUAGUCUACCAACAUGGUGGAGAAAGAAGCAAAAAGGACUAUUUUAGAAUAUCUGUUGAGGCUAAUCAAGUGGUAGCCUAUGGGGUUGUUGAAAUACAGGUGGGCACAGAAACUCCAGCAGUGGUUCUGAAGGUGAUUCAUAAUGAGAAGGUUUACGUUUUUCAAGGAGAGCCAGCAGAGAUAAAAAAGGAGUAUCUUAUGGUCUCCGCUGAGGACACAUUCCCUCAUAAAAUUAUAUACACCUUAACAGACCCUCCAGCUUCUGGCUAUUUGGUGGCAGUGAGCGACGAGCCAUCUUCUGAUGGCUCAGCCAGUUUAGACUCUGUCCAUACCUUUACGCAAGAAGACAUCAACCAAGGACGAAUCUUGUACCUGCAUUCGGCUUCAGAGAUGAACCCUGAUAGCAUGACACUAGACGUGACCGUGGGUACAGAGGCACCUCGGGAAAUUGUAGUGUUUGUGGAAGUGCUUCCAUUUUACAUACCACUGGACGUGGCCGAGCUGCGUGUAAAGGAGGGAGGUACUGCUACAAUAACCACCAGCAUCCUGCGCGUGUCAAAUGAAUAUUUUCUAGAUCUUCAACUGGAAUUUAUUAUACUGGGUGCUCCGAGCAGUGGACGGAUCAUAAGCACUGACAAGAAGGAACGUAUAACCUUCAGUUGGAAUGAGCUGGACCAGGGGAGAGUUUUUUAUGAACAUGACGGCAGCGAGACCCUGAGUGACAGUUUUACCAUUGUCGCAAAUGCUACAGAUAUCAAUCAUCAGAGUCAACCAGUCACAGUCAACGUGACAGUGGAAGCAGUAAAUGAUGAGAGCCCACGCAUAGUCACCAAUGGAGGACUGCUGAUAUUGGAAGACGAUACAGCAGAUAUCUCCACCCAGGUUCUACAAACUGUUGAUGCAGACUCUCUCCCAGAAGAUGUGGUAUACUCAAUACAUUCUCCUACAAAUGGACAGGUGAUCCUGAAGACAACUCGUGGCAGGGUUCAAAGCUUUUCUCAAAAGCAAGUGGAUCAAGGAAUAGUUAAAUUUAAACAUAAAGGGGUCCUUGACGGUGGGUUUUUCUUUGUGGUUUCUGAUGGAAAGCAUGAAACAGAGCAGCACUUUUUCAGAAUACAAGUCAUUCCCAUUUCCAUUAACAUGAAGACCAUCAAUAGCCUCAUUGCCUGUCCACGAUCAUUCCAGCCAAUCACCAGCCAGCAUCUGACAGCAGUGACAAAUGAAAAGAAGGGCCCUCCUCCUGCAUUGAUAUAUCACAUCGACGAGCCUCCUCUGAUUGGUCAGAUCAGGAGACUGGAGAACAGCGAAGAGGUUAUCACCAAUUUUACACAAUCUGAUGUUGACGCUGGAUUAAUAUAUUACAAUCAUGUCACAGACAAUAGCCCAUUCUGGACAGCGCAGGAUUAUUUUGCAUUUCAUGUGACAUCGCAACGUGCAGCAUCUCAACGUUACCUCCUAAACGUGACGGUUUCAUUCCAGAAUCCCUGUCCUCAACUUCAAACACGACUCUGGAAAAACACAGGUCUCACAGUUCUAGGAGGAGGCUCUUCACCUAUCGAUCACACCAUUCUCGAUGCUUCCAACCUGUUAGCAAACCUCUCAGUCUCCAGUCUCUCUCAUGAUGUGGUGUUUUUACUUACCAGACUCCCUACUCAAGGACAUCUUUCCAUCAAAGGAUCCAUAAUUAACCCACAGAAUCCUCACUUUUUACAAUCUCAUCUGGACGAGGGAAGCCUUCUUUAUACCCACACAGGUUCUGGAAUACAGGCAGACAGCUUUCAGUUCAAAGCCUGGCUGUGGCCUAAAUUAAAGUCGAUUCAUGAACCAUCCCUUGAGGGGGAUAGUGCAGCCCUUACCGAGAACCUUAAUAUUACCAUCAUUAGUGUGCCCAAGUUACCUCCUGUGAUGUCACCACCGAUGUCACCUUUAAUCGUGGUGCCAGGCUCAUAUGCUGCCCUCAACACAAAUCAUUUAUCUUUAAUAAAUAUUCAUUCCUCCUCCAAGAAAAUUAUUUACAGCAUUCUUGAGCUACCAGUGGGCAUUUCAUUAGCAAACCGAGAACACAUUACAAUGCCAAUCUCAAGUUUCACACAAGAAGAUCUUUCUAAUCAACAAGUCAUCAUCAAGGCGAACUACACAGCAAUUUCAGGCUCCAUCCAGUUCAACGUUACAACCGAGCACCAGCCCCCUGGAAUAGCAUUGCUGCCUAUUAAAGUACCCACCGUCUUUAAAACGGUGCUUGAGGUUCCACAAGCAACUGGAAGGUCAGUGUUGACAAUAGAUCACUUCCCACCAACAGUAGGCAUAGAACAAGAAGUCUUGUAUAAUGUAACCAGGCAACCAAUUCACGGGCAUCUGGUUGCUGGAAAUGUGCCGGUGUCUGAGUUCAGAUGGAAGCAGGUUAAAGAUGGUAAAGUAUCAUAUGCCUUUACAAGCUUCCAAUCUUCAAAGGAUGAAUUUAGGUUUCUUGCCAUUUCCCCUGGAGGCAAUGAGGUGGCUGGAAUGGCGGCAAUAACAGUAUCCCCGAUGGUGAAGUUAGGAGACAAGGAACAGUGGCCAAGAGCAUGUACAGUGAAGCUGGGCACAGAGACUGUUGAUGCAGGAGAAUUAGCUACACAUACGGCGAGUGUUCCUGAAUUCAGAGUUCUUCGACAGCCACGUGGAGGGAGACUUGUAAGGAUCUCCCAGGACGGAAAAGACACAAUUGCAGAUUCCUUUACACAAACAGAGCUGGAGCGUGGGUUUAUUGGUGUGGAAUUAUGGGAUGAUGGACAAAGCAGUACAGACAUACGUAGUGAUAGGAUUCAUAUGGAGCUCAGUGCAAAUCAGGUGCCACCUGCAAAUAUUACUGUAAAAUUUAACACUGUGCCCUACAAUUCCUCUAACGCAUACAGUGUAAACUUGCUAAGAGUCAAUAGGAAUUUGGAAACAACCACAAACUCGCAUGAGACGUCAACUACAACAACCACAAACUCGCAUGAGAUGUCAACUACAACAAUGGAAUCCACGAGCUAUGUUCUCACCACUCAUUUGGAACCAGAAAUACACCUGGAACGAACUACACAUUCUGAGUCCACAUCAACUCUUCAUUCAACCUCACAUUUAGAGGUCACAACAAGUCUUGAAUCAGUCACACAUUUACAACCCACAACAACAUUCCAACCAAAAAAAGGUCUAAAACCCACCGAUUUAGAAUCAACUACACAUCUAGAACCUACAACAAAUCUAGGAACAACCACACACUUAGAGACCACAACAAGCAUACAGUUAACAACACAUUUAGAAUCAAUCACAACAUUGGUUUCCUCUACCAGUCUACUUUAUACCCCAACGCUGGUAAACGUUACAGAUUCAACACCCACAAGUUUCCACUUUAGUACACUUGAAUCAAAUCUCUCAGACAUUACUGUGAACACGACUCAGGAUCUUCCCUCUCACAGCUCAUGGACUAUAGAUGUAUCCACGUCAUUGGCACCAGUGGGUAACAACACUGCACUUGGAUUCAUGAGUGCACAUGUAUAUAACAUUAUCAUACCAAUCUGUCUAGUGCUAAUUCUAGUUGCAAUUGGUCUUCUUCUUCUAGUCUACCUUCUACGCAAAAAAAAGAUGGGUAUGCACCAUGUCCAGAAAGCUGCCACAUCUUCUGCCAAGCCUGAAAAUGGAACCAACGAUCGUCAAACAUUCCGACCCACAGAGCCAGACAGGGUAAUCCCUCUCUGUGAAGUUGGGGCCGAGCACAGAAGUAAUGGAGCAGGACAGGCACCAUUAGGUAGCCAGUACUGGGUGUGAACCCAGCAAGACUUUCCUCAUGGGUCGAAACGAGGGAGGCUUCCUCCCAACAACUGCCAAGUUCAUGAAGUGGAACUCUAGUUUGCCUCAAGACAGCCAUAAUGGUCCUAACAAUAAAUAAAAUAAAAAAAAGCAGAGCACCGAGGAUCCGUUCCAGUGAAGGAAAGAUACUCUAAAUGCUCAUGGAAAAUUGCACUAACAAAUGGAG